AUGACCACUCGACUGCGACAGAGGGCCACUGUUGACGAAGAGGACGCUGCAACCCUCAAACUUGGUCCAGAGUUUAACAAUGCCGGUUGCUUGCUGAUUUCCGAAGUCAAGUAUUUGUUGGAGAACAGAGAGAAGGAUGCACCGGAUACUGCUGUCUAUAACAAGACUCUGGACUAUGUGAAGACGUUCGCCAAGUUCAAUACUACGGACUCGGCGAGUGCCGUACGAGAGACUUUGAGAAGGGAGCCCGCCCUUACGCAGUUUGAGACUGCACAGAUUGCCAACUUGUGCCCUGCUUCUGCUGAGGAAGCCAAGAGUAUCAUUCCAAGUCUUGUGAAGAUCGACGACGACCGCUUACAAGCUCUCGUGGAUGAAAUCCAGACAAUGCGCAAGUUCCAGACGUAG